AUGGCAGCGUGCCCUCCCGAGAGAGUCGAAGAGCAGGACCAGGGAUACCUUGUUUUUGAAACCCACACACUUAGCUCAUUUUACAGUAUUCGUGUGCACUACAACGAGACGUGUGUUCUUGACGAACGAGCAGCCCAAGCAUCUCGUUUUGUGCCCGUUGCCCAACACCAGCCAACUACUGAAAAUCCACGAAUCAUCGUUCAACAGCAGCCAUUGAGGGCACCGAUUCCGACCUUCGAUGGGAAACCAGAGAACUGGCCUCGCUUCAAGGCUAUGUUUUCUGACGUGAUGCGAUGCUCCACCGACACGGAUUGCAUCAAAUUGUACCAUAUGGAACGAUCAUUAGUUGGAGCGGCUUCGGGUAUAAUCGACGCUCGCACCCUAAACGACAACAACUACACACACGCAUGGGAAAUUCUCGAGGAUCGAUUCGAGAAUAAACGGGUAAUCGUGGAUACCCACAUCCAAGGGCUGCUGAACCUCCGGCGGAUGAGCCGAGAAAACCCGAAGGAGCUACGAGAGCUUAUCGAUGAAGUGACAAGACACAUCGAUGGGUUGGUUCUGAUCGAAGAUGAGCUGGAUGGAAUCUCCGAAAGAUUUGUUGUCAACCUCGUGUCCGGAGCCCUGGACAAGGAUACUCGAAAAGAGUGGGAAGCAACCAUCCCACACAAGGCGAUACCAACCUACGAUGACACCAUAACCUUUCUCAAGAAGCGGUGUGCCAUCCUCGAACGCUGCGAAGAAUCAUCGAAAUGUCCGAUCAACGUGCGACCAACCGUUCCAAUAAAGAAUCCUGCCAACCCGGUGAGAAAUUCCCAAGCCAAAAUGUAUACUAUCAUUGGAAGUUCCGAGGCAACCUGCGAACUGUGUCAAGGUGAACAUCCCAACUUCAAGUGCGAGUUCUUCCAUGCAAUGUCCAUUCCUGAACGUCAUGCAAAGGUUCGAGAGCUGAGGCUGUGCUACAACUGUUUGCGAAAAGGUCAUCCGAGUAGUUCCUGUAGUUCCCCGCGCACUUGCCAGAAGUGUCAAGACAUCAAAAUCAAGCAACUAGCGGGCUUGGAUCUAAUCCUCAGUUUGAACAAGAUUCCACGUAGAGCGGAUGCAGUGGAGUGGAAACAGCAGCACGAUAACACUGCAGUGCACUAG